AUGGGAAAUGAAUGCUGCUCAAAAAGGGCAAGGAUGGAUGAUCUUGAGCCAAAUGAAAAAUGCUUGACAGAUUAUGAUAUCAAUAUAAUAAGCCAAACAAGCAGCAGGACAAAAGAGCUUGAUAUCAUGCUUGGUAUAGAAAACGGUUUAUUAUGUAAAAAUUCAAAUUUUGAUCGAGGAGAGAAAAAUCAAAAUACGCAGUGAAAGAUAAAAAAUGCUUUUAAAUAG